UACAAAUAGUAGGAAAUUAACAGAUUGGGAUAAGAAGAGAAACCAAAACCAUCAUAAUCUCUUAAUAGAUGAAAGGCCAAUAAUAUCAAGCCUAAAUGGGCCUGAUGGAUGAGAUGAUUGAAUCAAUUCCAUUGAUCCACGCCAUCGGAGAAGUUCCAUUUACCUUCCAUCAAAUCAUCGAAAUAUCCGCAUAAGACGAGGUAUAGCUAGAGGAAGUACAAGCGAUAACAGACUCUGUUUUUGAAUCAAUAACAGUCUCGGAUUGUGACUCGGCUUCUGCUUGAAUCAAUAACAAGCUAAUUUGAUCUCUGUUUUCUGAAUGACGAUAUUUUUUUACAAAAAAAAAAUGCCUUUUAGAAACUUUCCCUUUUUGUUUUUUGUUUUUUUUCCUUUUUCUUUUGAACAAUCUAUUAACUCUCCUGUCUAUAAAAGAACCCUAUAAAUCUCGACAGAACCCUAUAAAUUCCAAUCAACCUUAAAAAUCUAGCCCUAAUCUUUUUGUGUGAGAGAGGAUAGGUCGAUCAAAUCCCAGAAGAUGCCUAACAUGCAGACUAAAUCGCUGUGUUUGGACGAUCUUAGUGAUCGGGAAAUUCUUGAGUAUAGAUUGGAGUGGGAAGGUUUCACCGAAUACAAGAUGCAAAGUGAUGGAAAUUGCCAGUUCCGUGCUUUAGCUGAUCAACUUUAUAAAAACUCGGCUCUUCAUAAACUUGUUAGACAAGAAAUCGUACAACAGCUUAAAACUCAUCCAAAGAUGUACAAAGAAUUUAUUAAUAACAUGAGCUUCUCCGAGUAUGUCAAGAACAUGUCCAAGAACUCCGAAUGGGGCGAUGAAGUCACAAUAAAAGCCGCUGCCGAUUUGUAUGUAGUCAAAAUAGUACUCGUUACAUCAAUCAAACAGACUCCAUUGAUUGAGUUUUUGCCCAAGUCUCAAAAAGAACCCGACAGAGUCAUUCAUCUGAGCUAUCUCUCAGGGAUCCAUUUCAACUCCAUCCACCAAAAAAAAGAUCCAGGUUUUGGUUCUGCCUCGAUGAAGAAGCUACAUAGGAAGAAGGAGAAGGAGCAGAAGAAAAUUGAGGAGGAGCGGAAGAAAAAGGAGGAGGAGGAGGAGAGAGUAAGGAAGGAGAAGGAGCAGGAGGAGAAGAAAAGAGACAAGGAGGAGAAGAAAAGAGAUAAGGAGGAGAGGAAGAUGGCGAAGGUGAAGAAGGAGAAGAAGGAGAAGAAGAACAAGGAUAAACAUUUUCACUUUUCUGAUAUGAUGUCAAUACUUGAACAAGAAGAUUAUUCGUUUUUCUAA